UCGGCCGGAAACCCUGUGCGACUGACCGUAACCCCUGACCCGGAAACGGCUGGUUGUUGCCGGAGACCAGCACACGGCACGCGAUGGCUGCCGCGUUUCGGAAGGCGCAGAAAUCGGUGCAGCGGAACCAUCGGGAGCGGAGCCAGCUUGGAUCUCGUAGGCACUUGGGUUUCUUGGAGAAGAAAAAAGACUACCAGCUCCGUGCACAGAACUACCAUCAGAAGCAAAAUGCCCUAAAAGCACUACGCCAAAGGGCAUUGGAUAAAAAUCCGGAUGAAUUCUACUUUCGAAUGACCAGAACCAAACUGCAGGAUGGAGUUCAUGUCAUCAAACAGUCUAAAGAAGAAGUAACAGAGGAACAGCUGAAGCUCAUGAGAACACAAGAUAUUAAAUAUGUAGAAAUGAAACGUGCCAUUGAGGCAAAGAAAAUUGAACAGCUCAAGUCUGAACUCCACUUUUUAGAUGCUGAUGGAAAGACCCCUAAUAAGCACAUCUUUUUCUGUGAUUCUAAAAAGGAAGUGAGGGAAUUCGACUUGGCAAAACGCCUUAAUACCGUACCAGAGUUGGUGAACCGAGUGUAUAACCGACCAACCAUUGAAACAUUACAGAAGGAGAAAAUUAAAGGAGCCACAGAUCCCCAUGCUCUGAAGAAACUUGCUCAGCAGAGGAAGCACCAGUACAGUCUUCUGAAGCAACACAUUGAGAGAGAGAGGAAAAUGUUUGUGAUAUCGCAGAAAAUUCAGACCCGUAAAGACAUAAUGGACAAGACUAAGAAGGUGAAGGUAAAGAAAGAAACAGUAGACUCUCCGGCCAUCUACAAGUUUGACUUUAAGAGAAAACGCUGACAUAUCUUUACAAAGCAGUUCAAAUUUUGCAUACCCUUUUCUAGAAGUUUUCUUUGGAAUAUAUUGUUUUUCAAACAUUUUUAAUAUUGGUUGGCUUUUGUCAUUGUAAUAUUAAGCAAACCCAUACUAUAAAUAUAUCUGAAAACACAUUCUUAAAAAUACUGUACUGUGCAAAAGUCUUAGGCACCCUAGAUUUAUAUAUCUGACUAAAAGUUGUGCACAGUUUUAUGUAAGCCUAACUAUUUGUAAAGAAAAAAAAUAAAACUUUACUGAUUCCUGUCAUAGCAGCAAACAUAAUCGGUGAGUUUUAUACCUCUCGAUGCCUAAAAAAAAAAUCUAGGACCUUCUGGUUUUAUGAGAAGCAUGUUACUUUGGUGCCUUUAAUAAAACCAAGGAAUUCAACUGCAACAA